AUGAUGGAGAUCUGUGAUCAUAAACGUCUCAUAUUUCUCCUGCUGAUCAUCAUGUCAGUCUUGCCGUGUGAGACGACGGAGAUCUCGACUUUCACUGGUUAUGAAGGAGGAAAAGUUGAAAUACGCUGUCCUUAUGAGUCUGGAUAUGAAACCCAUCAUAAAUAUCUCUGCAGAGGAAAGUGUCCAAUACGCAAUAAAGACAUUCCUGUUGAUUCUGCAUCUCCAGAUAAAGACAGGAGAUUCUCUCUGACGGACGACACGAUGUCACAAGUUUUCACCGUCACCAUCACUGAUCUGAGAACAGAAGAUAAAGGCCGAUACUGGUGUGCUGUUAGGACAAGACUAGGAAAAUUUCAUGUCUAUACAGAGAUUCUUCUGGAAAUUAAACCUGUGUCUGUCGUGUCUGGAGUGACUGGACAGCAUCUGAACAUCUCCUGCCGUUAUAACAGAGAUUUGAAGAACAACAUCAAGUUCAUGUGCAAAGGAAGCGACCCGUCGCUCUGUGAGACGUCGGCUAUCAAAGUUUCCUCAGAAACAAACAGUAACGGCAGAUUCUCUCUGAGGGAUGAUAAAUCUGCAGGAGUUUUUACUGUGACCAUCACUGAUCUGACACUAGAGGAUUCUGGGAUAUACUGGUGUGGAGCUGGAGAGAGAGGAGUAAAGAACAAGAACAAGUGGAUUUCAGCCACUCUUACUAUCUGUCAUUAUGAAGAGAUCAUGAGCUCAAACACUCGUGCUGGCUUCAGUUUGGGCCUUCCAGUGUUCGCUGAGUUUCUCUCUCUUAUGUUUAUAGUCUUGCCGUGUGAGACGACGGAGAUCUCGACUUUCACUGGUUAUGAAGGAGGAGAAGUUGAAAUACGCUGUCCUUAUGAGUCUGGAUAUGAAACACAUGAUAAAUAUCUCUGCAGAGGAAAGUGUCCAAUACGCAAUAAAGACAUUCCUGUUGAUUCUGCAUCUCCAGAUAAAGACUGGAGAUUCUCUCUGACUGACGACACGAUGUCACAAGUUUUCACCGUCACCAUCACUGAUCUGAGAACAGAAGAUAAAGGCCGAUACUGGUGUGGUGUGAAGACAACAUAUCUACAACUUGAUAAAUACAAAGAGAUUAACCUAGAAAUUAAACCUGUGUCUGUCGUGUCUGGAGUGACUGGACAGCAUCUGAACAUCUCCUGCCGUUAUAACAGAGAUUUGAAGAACAACAUCAAGUUCAUGUGCAAAGGAAGCGACCCGUCGCUCUGUGAGACGUCGGCUAUCAAAGUUUCCUCAGAAACAAACAGUAACGGCAGAUUCUCUCUGAGGGAUGAUAAAUCUGCAGGAGUUUUUACUGUGACCAUCACUGAGCUGACACUAGAGGAUUCUGGGAUAUACUGGUGUGGAGCUGGAGAGACGGGACUAAAGAACAAGUGGAUUUCAGUGACACAUCUGAUCAUUAAUAACGGCACAUCAGCGAAGACGUCACCGAAACCAACCACAACAGCUCCAGUUUACACCAGCAAACCAGCGACUGAAGAGAGUGCAUCUACCACACCCGUCACAUCUGUGUGUCCUUCAUCAUCCUCAACAACAUCAGCUUCAGUGUUAUUGAACCCCUCCUCAUCUAAUAAUGCAGUUCCAUAUCAAUCAGUAUCAGGGUUUACCAUGUUCGUCAUGUUGGUGGUCAUAGGGAUCCUGACAGGCUUUGGAUUCUCACUGUUCAUGUACCUCAGACGGAGACAAAAGAAAGAAGGAAAGCAGCCCAGAGAUGUCGAUCAAGGCCCGACUGAGCAUCUGCCCAACAGAGAUAUGAAACCAAAUAGAGAAGACACUCAUACUGUCUCUGAUUAUGAUGAGAUCGGUAACACACUUGAUCAUCCUGACUACAGUUUGGUCUUUCCUGUAAUUGCUGAGCAUGACACCUCUGUUUAUGCUUUAGCACAAUUACCCAGCAGCCCCUCUGAUAAUCUCACCUACUCCACCAUCGAGUUUUCAUCUCAUCACUCAGACAGGACUUCUGACGGGCAGGACACAAGUGACUACGCCGCCGUUAGACCAUAAAACACUGUGGACAUUCAUGGACAGUCAAACCUGAAUCACGCCAAACUUAAAGGUGCAGUCUGUAAGAAUGACAGCUAGUGGUGGAAAUAGGUACUGCAGUCCAAUUCAUAAUAUGGAAGAUCGUGGUUUCUCCCGCCUCCUGCUCCUCAGACUCGACGACGCUCACACGGACUGCCAGUUUGAGCACACUCAACAGGAACGCGUGUGAUGGACAAUGAAAAUUGGCAAAUUGUUAACAUACAGUAUCUCAGACCAAAACAAUAACAAACAUUCCAGCC